AUGGCGGAGAAUGCUAAGCUUACAACGCACUCGUCAAAGCCUACUCGAAAUGUUAAGUCUAUGUCUGGAAGUGGCAUGGCCCCGGUGUUCAGGCUGAAGUGUAAUGGCGUGUCGAAGAAAUAUGAUCAUACCCGUCCUCCUAUUCCAAUGAGCGCGGCACCCUUGUUUAUGUACAAAGCUCGUGAUGAGGAAGAGGGCUCUGAGCGUCCACCUCCCAAGGCCGUCUAG